AUGACAAAGUCGAAUCGUGCUACAAUUGGUUCUUGCUGCAGGGAAGACACGCAAAUGGUGAGGUGUGCGAUGAUUGCAUUAGAAAAGAUGAAGGACAUGUUUAAAACGACGUUAUGUAGUCCCGAUGAACCUUGGCCUCAACCACAGACCACCACCUCGGGUUGUGCAUUGAACACAAGUUGCGCAAUAAAAGGUUGUCCGUUCCGCGGUACUGGAGUUCCAAACGUUAGUUGAUAGAAUUAUUGACAAUCAUAAUCAUGAUGACUUUUAUGUUUAAUUGUUAUGUUUACAUCCGCCAAAUCAACUACAAUAUUAAUAAUGUACUACCCACUAAUCUAUACUAAUCCCUGGUUAAAUAUUUGUUUCGCAGUACAGCGGUUAAAAGUAUUAUACCUAUAAUUUCCUAUUUUUUAUUUGUUCCAUUAUAGUAUUUAUAAUAUUUAGAGUGUUCAGGGAACCUUUUUCUUUUAGGCCAUCAUUUCUAAUCAUCACCUUCUUAAUAUUUUCCCUAUAGACAAGGACGUUCGUCUUAACAAAUCCAGGAGGAGACUGUAUUUUUUCAAUAUUUACCUUUCUAUUAAUCUAUAAAUUAUAUGACCGUAUUCCUAUUCCUACAACAGUAUUUAUCAUAACUACCUAUAUAAUAAUUAUUUAUAAAAUAACUAAGAGUAAGUAUAGGUAGUUUAAUUUCUAAUAAUCUGAAAAAUAUACCUAUAACAUGAACAUUGCACUGUAUUAUUUAAUUAAUAAAAUGAGUUACAUUAAAGUUUAGAUUAAUUUGAUUAAAUCUUAAAACAAGAAUGUAAGACGUUUAUGUUUUGAAAACUAGUCAACAAGAUUUUGAAUCAAAUUUAAAACUUGAAUUUUCUAUCUAAGUAUGCAUACUAAACAUACAUAAUCCAAUAAGUAUGUUGUAAGAAGCAUGGUCAUGUAAAUGAUAACACAAUUGUUUAAUUGACGGAAAAUGUAAUAAUUUAAUAUAAUAUAAUAUGUGUAGGUAACAAAUAAUAUCUAAUCGUACACUCCUAUAUAUUCAACUAAUGAACCUACACCUAAUGAAAUUAAGCUAGUUAUAGAAAAACUGCCGAACAAAAGAGCACCAGGGCACGAUCGCAUCACGAAUAUCAUGUUCAAGAAGCUUUCCGUUAUAGGUCUCAUCCUUAUGUCUGCAUUAUUUAAUUCUCUGCUAAGACUUGAACACUUCCCACCGAAGUGGAAAAUUGCAACAGUCAUACUUAUCAAAAAACCUGGUAAAGAGAUAAAUCGAACCCGGAUUCCUAGAGACCAAUAAGUCUUCUAACCUCCUUAUCCAAAAUAUUUGAAAAAGUUAUUCACACUAGGUUACAAGAUUUUAUAAAUAGCGCGGAAACUAUUACUAAAUUCUAAUUUGGGUUUAGAUCGAACCAUUCAACAGUUCAACAACUGUUUCGUAUAACAGAGCAUAUCAGCAAUUCCUUUGAAAAGCACCGUCACACGGGUGCCGUCUUUAUUGAUAUCUCAAAGGCUUUCGACAAAGUAUGGCAUACAGGUCUUAUGUACAAAUUAAAAUGUAUAAAACACACCUUAAUAAACUUAUUCUAUAUUAUUAAAUCCUUUCUUUCGGACAGACAAUUUUCAGUAAAAAUAAACGACUCUCUCUCUGACCUCCAGCCUAUCUCUGCCGGUGUACCUCAAGGCUCCAAGAUGGCCCCAAUCUUAUUUAACAUUUAUAUAUCUGAUAUCCCACAGUCACCACGCACCAACAUGGCCCUUUUUGCAGAUGAUACGAUUAUUUACAGUGAAUCCCGUAAUAUAGAAGCGAUUACUCAUAACCUACAAUGCCACUUAAAUGUAUUAUCAGUAUGGUGUAAAAACUGGAAGAUUCAAAUAAACGCAUCCAAAAGUACAGCAAUCAUUUUCAGCCUUCGUCUCUACUCCACACCACCACUAUUAAAAUUCGACAAAGUGCCUAUACCUUGGGAACCGACUGUCAAAUACCUCGGAAUCACCCUUGAUAAGAGGUUGACCCGGGGGCCUCAUUUAUCAGCAAAAAUACAUCUAGCAUAUCAACGUCUAUCGAUACUAUUUCCAAUAAUAAAUAAAAAACAGUCAUUCAAAAAAAAUGUUCAAUCUUAA